AUGAGGGUUGUUUCCAAAUCCGCAUUCCACAACGCCACAACCUGCGAUAGCUCAAAACCCUUCCACCACCUCAUCUCUCUCACACUCUCAAACUGCUCCUCCUACGUUGCACUCUCCUUCACCGCACUCCAAUCACUCUCAACACUCCAAACUCUCAACCUCCUCAACUGCCCCGUCACCCCCAUUCGCUUCCCACUCGAACUCACCUCCUCCCUCCACACCUUCACAUGCAUCAACAGCCUCCGCAAGGUCUCCGGCAUUUGGCUCUCUCAGCUUCAGAAUCUCACUGAUCUCGCCGUAACGAAUGUCCAAGUCAAAGCUUCUGGACCUUACGUUAUCCUUGCCCACAUGGACAUGCUCAAAACUUUGACCAUUUCAAACGCUAAUCUCACUGGUUUUCUUCCUGGACAUCUUCAUUCUGACCUUACCCAUAUAGAUUUUUCUGGCAACAAGCUCAAAGGGACUAUUCCCUCUUCGAUUACCAUGCUUUCUGGUUUGGAAAGUUUGAAUCUUUCCAAUAAUAAUCUCAGUGGUGAGGUACCUGCUACCAUUGGGGACUUGACUUCUCUGACAACCUUGUCUCUGGCUUCAAACUCUUUCUUUGGCCAAAUUCCAGGUUCAAUAUCUUCUAUUUCGGGUUUUUUUCAUUUGGAUCUGAGCUCAAACCAAUUCAAUAGUACUAUUCCAAAGUUUAUUUCUCAGAUGAAGAGUUUAAGGCACUUAAAUCUUGCUAACAACAACCUUCGUGGUGUUCUGCCUUUUAAUCAAAAUUUCAUUAAGAAUUUGAAUGUGUUCAACGUUGGUGGGAAUAGCAACCUUUGCUAUAACCAUUCGGUUCUGUCCUCAAACUUGAAGCUUGGAAUUUCACCUUGUGAUAAGUAUGGGAUGCCGGCGUCUCCACCAUCAAAGGAUUCUUCUUAUGCUAAUGAUAGCAGUGAUUAUAAUGACAGUGAUGGUAGCAGCAAUCAAAAGAAAGGGCACCAUAGUGGCCCUAACAAGUUUGUUCUUGGUGUGGCAAUUGCACUUUCUUCCAUUGUCUUUCUCAUUGUUUUCAUGAUAAUAUGCACAAAAUGCUGCUGCCGCUAAAGGGUUUUCUUUUCUUUUCAUUUUUCCCUUUUUUUUUCUUAACAUUAUAGAUUAGGAAAAUUCACAAUUUUGGGUGAAGGCUUGUUUAAUUUAUUUAUUAUAGUGUUACACUACAUACUACAGAGUAGAUUCAAGAAGCAGGAACAGAAAUGGAAAAAGGUAUAUUGGCCAAAACAAAGGAAAUGAAAAGAGAAAAGUUUGAAAAAAAAAAAAGAUUUUGUGGGGAUAUGGGUGUACUGUAGAAGUUGCCCAAGAGGAGAAAAAAACGGAAGAAUUAGGAAAGGGAUUAUGAUCAAAUUGAAGUUCUAUAUUUGUUGCUUUUUUCAAUAAAUGCAUGUGCAGCUGAAUGAUUUUACGUGGAAUGCUAGGCUUGGUUGGACACUGUAUAUUUAGCUGUUUAUGCUGUAAAAGAUUGUAGGUGGUGCAUGUGGCAUCUUAAUUCUUAAAGAUUUCUCUUUUACUUGUACAAUAUCAAGCAUUUAUUUUUCACAUUUGUUAUCUAUACCAGCAGCUUCUACUUAAUUUCGUAAUUGAUGGUUUAAUUUGUUUGGUCUUUGUAUUGCAGUAGAUUUGUACCUUUUUAUUUGCUACAUAUUGUGUUUAUUUGCAUCCCAAUUAGCUCAAGCAGAGUUUUUCGGAAUCCCUCAUUGUUUGUGUACUUUUAAGAUUAGUCUAGUGUAAUUGAACCUUUUUAUAUACCUUGUAUCUGAAUUUGAGUCUAUGAUAGAAUAUAGUUUCAGUUGUCUUGAAACUCUCUUCUAUGGCUUUUGUUUGACAUAUCGCUGUUGUUCAUUUUUGGAGCAAGAUAGCUCUGGCAGUUGUGACAUUGAUUUCAGGUUGUGCAGCAAUUGGACAAAACAGUGAUGCUAUUAUUUUUGGGCACACACAACUUGAGGAAAAACAACUUCUUUAUCUAGACUUGCAGAAAGGGACAGCAGCCCCAUGUUGAUGAUGGUUGGUGUACAUGAUUUGUUGAGUGGAGAACCAUAAUAUCUGGCUUUGGUCCAAUUUCAUGUUCUGUGCUAUACUGUCUUGGACGGUUGGAUAUGAGCUGUCUCUCCUACUUUCAUUUAAAUGAACUUGAACACCGAUUCUUGUUCCAAAUUAGAUUGGAAUCCUGAUAAAAUAAUAUUAUUAG